UGGAUCUGACCCGGGGAUUUAAAUUCUUGGCCACAGCAGCAGGCUCUUCUGCUCAGUGAGGAUGUGAAGAAUACAAAAGGAAUUUAAAAGAAACAUAUCAGGUAGUGGUGUCGCAGCAGAAGGAUGCCGCUGGUGAAGCGCACCAUCGAGCCCCGGCACCUGUGCCACACGGUGCUGCCAAGGAACAUCAAGAAUGAGCUGGAGUGUGUGACUAACAUCUCCUUGGCCAACGUCAUACGCCAGCUCAGCAGCCUCAGUAAAUAUGCAGAAGACCUGUUUGGAGAGCUGUUCAACGAGGCCCACACCUUCUCUUUCCGGGUCAACUCCCUGCAAGAGCGCGUGGACCGCCUCUCCAUCAGUGUCACACAGCUGGACCCCAAAGAAGAGGAAUUGUCUCUUCAAGACAUUACCAUGAGGAAGGCCUUCAGGAGUUCCACCAUUCAGGACCAGCAGCUGUUUGACCGCAAGUCACUGCCAGUCCCACUGCAGGAGACCUUCCAGACAUGCGAGCAGCCACCACCCCUCAACAUCCUCUCGCCCUACAGGGACGAUGGGAAGGAGGGUCUGAAGUUCUACACCAACCCGUCUUACUUCUUUGACCUGUGGAGAGAGAAGAUGCUGCAGGACACAGAGGACAAGAGGAAGGAGAGGCGGAAGCAGAAGUUGCAGGACCCCCGCAUGUAUGAUCAGGUCUAUAGGUACUUAGACCUUCCAGGGCAGAUGAAGGCAAUAGACCGCCCGCCGGAGCAGGAGAAGAUACCGCGGUUGCCUCACGACCGUAAAAAGGAGUGGCAGAAACUGGCGCUGGGCGCAGAGCUCGCCCAGGACAUACCUGACGACAAACACAGAGAGGCCAACGGAUCCGCAGGUUACCACGACAACAGGGCUCCAUCGUACAUGGAACAUUUGGACGGGCCCUUCUCGCUGGCGGCGCUGCCCUACACCCAGAUGAACGAGCUGCUGAACCGUACCGGGGACAGAAUGUAUUCACGGCCCCACGACCCUCCACCGCCUCCACCCCUCAUGCACCCACUGGGAGAGAUCAAGCCACCCUCUGUGAUCAGUUCCAGUUCAGGUUUUUCCGACAGCAGACCCCAGUCUCCGGCCCGGACGACAGGCUUCAACUCCAACACUCCUCCUCCACCGCCUCCCCCUCUUCCCCCCCCUCCCCCGUUACCCUCCUCAGGCCUGCGGGGCACUCCUCCUCCUCCCAUCCCUCCUCUACCAGUCCAGCAGCACCCCCGGCCAUCCCCCCGCUCCUGCUCCUCUCCAGAUCGCCCCGGGGUGCUGCACCCGGCCCCUCCGCCUGUGGCGCCCCCGCUUCACUGCUCCCCGGCCCGUCUCCAGCAGGUCCUGGACAGGGGCCCACCCGUGGGCUCUGGGACCCAGUCAGACGGCAGCAUCCUGCCUCCUCCCCCGCCGCCUCCCCCUCUGCCCCUCUCCGGAGCACGGAGCUCUUCGCCCUGUCCGUCGGGCCCGCCACCUGUGCCGGCCUUCCCCUCAGCAGGAGCCAUGGCCUCCCCGCCACCCCACGGCCUUCACGAUGUGGGGAGCAAGAGGCACCAUCCAGCCAGUCUGCCACCCAUCAGCGAUGCACGCAGUGUCCUGUUGGAAGCUAUCAGAAAAGGCAUACAGCUGCGGAAAGUGGAGGAGCAGCGAGAGCAAGAGGCUAAGCACGAGCGUGUUGGCAACGACGUGGCCACCAUCCUGUCGCGCCGCAUCGCUGUGGAGUACUCAGACUCCGAGGACGAGUCAGAGUUUGACGAAGGAGACUGGAUGGAGUGAUGGAGAUCGGAGAGAUGGAAGAGAAGGAAAAAAGGGCAGCAUUGGAAGCAGAGGACAAAUGUGUUCAGGUGCC